AUGGAUGAGAGAAUUAAAAAAGCACUAAGCGAUUUAGAUAAUGCUACAGUAUUAAAUCAAUUACCAAUUUUAAGUAAUGAUUUAACAACUACUUGUGGUAGUAGUAGCGGUAGUAGUAGUAAUGAUAAUAAUAAUAAUAAUAAUAAAAAUAACAAUCAAUAUUCAACUCUUAAUUUAAUAGAUGAAUCAAAUAAUAGCACAUCCAAUUCUACAACAUCACCAUCACUAUUAAUUACAAGUUAUAGACCAUGGAGUAAUACAGAUUAUUAUAAUAGAGUUAGAACAUAUACAAUCUCAAAUUGGUUUGCAAAACCAUGUGAAAUCGAUCCAUUACAAUGUUCAAGAUUUGGUUGGAUAAAUUGUGAAGCUGAUAUGUUAGAAUGCGAAACUUGUAAAAAAAGAUUAUAUUAUAAAGUACCCUCAACUUUUUCUCAAUCAUUAGUAAAUAAAAGAAUUAAUGAUUUUUCAAUUAGUUUACAGAGUACAGGACAUCGUGAUAAUUGUCCAUGGAAAGAUAAUGGUUGUCCAUCAUUUUUCUCAAGAUUAUUAGAUAUACCAUUCCAAACACAAUUAGAAGCAUAUAUUAAAAGAUCUCAAAAUAUUUAUAAUAAUUUAACAACUUUACCAAUGUUAUCAAGUGAUUUUUAUCAACAAUGGGUAAAUAAACAAAAUUUAAUGGAACCACCAAUAACAUCUAGAACAAAUAAUAUAUUAAAUAUAAUAGUUAAAAUUGCAAAAUUACCAACUGAUGAAGUAAAAUCAAAAGUUUCUUGUUUAUUAGCAUUAUGUGGUUGGGAUUUUAAUUCAAUUUCAAAUUCGAAUAAUAAUAAUAAUAAUAAUAAUAAUAAUAAUAAUAAUAAUAAUAAUAAUAAUAAUAAUAAUAAUAAUAAUAAUAAUAAUAAUAAUAAUAAUAAUAAUAAUAAUAAUAAUAAUAAUAAUAAUAAUAAUAAUAAUAAUAAUAAUAAUAAUAAUAAUGAUGAUGAUGAUAAAAAUGAAAAAGAUAAAAAUAAAAAUAAAAUAAAAGAAAAUGAAAAAGAAAAGGAUAAAAAAUCAAGUGUAUAUUGUUCAUAUUGUCAAAGAUUAUGUGGAGUUUGGAAUUUCAAUAAAAUUAAACCAAAUAGUACAUCUCCAUUCAAUGAAGAAAAUAUAAAUACUACAAAUAAUAAAGGUUUUAAUAAUAGUAAUAUUGGUAGUAAAAGAAAAAGAGAAGAAGACAUAGAAGAAGAAAAAAGAAAUAUUCAAUUUGAAAAAGUUUUAAAUCAAUCAUUUGCCCGAACAAAUAAUAAUAAUAAUAAUAAUAAUAAUAAUAAUAAUAAUAAUAAUAAUAAUAAUAAUAAUAAUAAUAAUAAUAAUAAUAAUAAUAAUAAUAAUAAUAAUAAUAAUAAUAAUAAUAAUAAAAAACUGAAUAGUAAUAGCAAUAGUAAUAAUAAUAGUAAUAAUAAUAGUAAUAAUAAUAGUUUAUUUUCAAUAGUUGGUAAUGGAUUCUCUAAAGUAACAUCAAAUUCACAAAGUACAGGUUGGGAUUGGGGUAACUCUUUUUCAAAUAGAAUUUCAGAUUUUAAAGCUGCUCUAGAAAUUGCUAAUGCAACUGAAAAGAAAAAAGAAUUCUCUCCAAUAAAUGAACAUAGAUGGUUUUGUCCUUGGAUGAUUGUAGUUGAUUCAAAUAGAUUAAUAAUUGAUAAUAAUGAUAUUUUAGGUGAAAAUAGUCAAGAUAAUAAUAAUAAUAGUGGUAGCAGCAAUAAUAGCAGUAAUAGUAAUAGUUCAAUAUCAGGUUGGGAAAAUUUAUUAAAAUUAUUAUUGAAUCAAUCAACUUUUGAUAAAACAAAAUUUUAUUCUUUUUUUAUUUUUUUUUAUUUUUUUUAUUUUUAUUUUUAUUUUCUAUUUUUAUUAUGUGGUUGGAAUGCCCUUUGGGUCUUUUUUUUUUUAUUACCAGAGAAUAAAUAA